AAUGAAAAGAAAAACACACAGUAGAUUCAUACCAACUUUAAAGCCAUCUUCUUUUUUUUUUGGAAUCUUGACAAGCUACUAUAAUGAAGAUCAUUCCAUUGAUUCUCAUGGUCACCAUUAUAGUCUUGACAUCAUUUCCAGUUUCCAUCAAAGUCGUGGAAGCCGCGGCAGUUCCACCAGCGUGCAAAUGGAAGGGUCCUUGCCUAAACUCCAUUAUAAGCGGGGCACCAGCACCAAAAGGUUGUUGUGUGAAGUUUAAACAUAACAAUGCGCAAGCUUGUUUAACAAGUCUCAUUCAUUCCAAGGAUAUUGAGAUAAACAAACGUGUGUUUGAUGUUUUUCAAAAAUGUAAUCAAUGUAAGAAAUACAAAAGGUCAUUUCUACAAAUCAAAGUAAAUUCUUCAUUAACCAUGAAGAUCAUUUCUUUGACUCUUAUUCCAUUUUUAAUAUCCAUGGCACCAUAUCCAACUUUGAGCAAAGCCCCUUUCGGCACUCCUUCUGCCGGUGGCGGCUCUGUUGGGUUUAACGCCCCUACUGGCCCCGGCUAUAGGAGUGGGGAUACCGCCCCCGGCGGCUCUAGUGGGAUUAACGGCCCUAAUGGCCCCGGCUAUAGGAGUGGGGGUCCCGGUAGGAAUGGCGAUACUAGCUCUGGCUAUAAAAAUGGAUCUCCACCCGGUAAGCGAGUAGGUGGAGGCGACCCUGGUGCGGCUAUCGUUGUGUUCCCAAAGAAACCUGUACCAACGCCAGUACCAGCAGAAUGCAAACCAAUUGCAGGAUGCGUCACUAAGCAUAUAGCCGGAGGCAACCCCACGGUGCCUCAAUACCAUGGACCAUGUUGUAAUCAAUUUAAAAACAAAGUAUCGUGUGUGUGUAAAUUCCUUAUGUCCACGAAUGCUAAGCAACAAAGGGCUGCUGAUGGUGUGGUUCGAGGUUGUAAUUUUAAAAAUCCCAUUUGUAUAAAGAAGCCAAUGCCAGCAGCAUGCAGACCAGAUGUUAAGCAUUGUGUCGAAAUGCAUAUGUACAGAAGAGCUAGCAAUCCUACAUUCGGAAGCCCAUGUUGUCAGAAAUUUAAAACCUCGAAACGAUGUAUCAUGGCGUUUAAAAGCUCUCCGGAUCCUCAUUUAAGCCAAGCAGCUAAGGGUGUUAUUGCAGGUUGUCAUUUUCAAUAAAUAAUUGUACAAAAGGCCUAAAAAUGACAAUAUUAGCAAACCUAUUUUGAGACAA